CUGAAGGUGGCAACAGCUAAUGAUUAUUUCUACCAUCAGUUCAUCGGUGUGGCGAUCUGUCGUGGAUCGUAUGUAUAGGGAAAUUAAAUCUGUUAUUUAAAAAGUAAUCGUUCGCCAUAUUCUUAAAUUAAAUAAAAAUGGCUCCGAAAAGGAAUAAUAUGAUACCUAAUGGCCACUUUCAUAAAGAUUGGCAAAGAUUUGUUAAAACAUGGUUCAAUCAACCUAUGCGCAAGAAGCGCCGUCAUGCCAGUCGAGUUAAAAAGGCCCGUGUUAUUGCACCCAGACCAGCUAAGGGCCCUAUUCGUCCUGUGGUUAGAUGUCCAACAUUUCGUUAUCAUACUAAACAAAGAUUAGGACGUGGGUUUUCUCUAGAAGAGUUAAAGGCUGCAGGUCUUCAUAGGAAAGAAGCAAGAACCAUUGGAAUUUCUGUUGAUUACAGAAGGAGAAAUAAGAAUGUUGAAAGUCUGCAACAAAAUGUUCAACGCCUAAAAGUUUACAAAUCUAAAUUGAUUCUCUUCCCACGCAAAUUAUCCAAGCCAAAGAAGGGUGAUGCAACAGCUGAAGAAAUUAAAAUGGCUACUCAGCUGAAGGGAGUAGUCAUGCCUGUCAGAAAGCAUGUCAGGAUUGAAAAAGCACGUAAACCAACUGAAGAAGAAAGAAAAUUCCAGGCCUUUAUUACACUCCGAACUGAACGAGCUAAUGCUAGGUACUGGGGCUUGAGGCAGAAGAAGGCUAAGGAAGCAGCAGAAAGCUUAGAAGCUGCACCCAAAAAGAUAAAAUAGAAUGUAUAAUGUGAAUAAAGACAGUUCGUUUCAA